AAAAUUUUUGGAAAAUUAUAUAGAGAAGCGCAAGAGGAGAUAUAAAGAUCCAGUACACAACUGUGUUUUCGUUUUUUACCUUUAAAAAUAAGGAAGCUAAACCUAGGAGCCUUAGUAUAUAGAAAUCAAAUUGCCUCAAUUGCUCCGUAACUAAGAACAACGUCGAUACAAACAUUACGGACAAUGAACCCAUUGCGCAUUUAGUGUAAAUAAUCACAAACUAGACUUUUCUCUCUAGAAUGGACCCUAUGUAUUUAGCUCUAAGCCUUUUCCGUCGACGACAUUAUGAUAAGUGCAUUGAUAUUUGCACUAGCAUCUUGGAUAGGCAGCCACUGGACCAAGCAGCGUGGUGUUUGAAAAUGCAAGCUAUGACUCAAAGAGUAUAUGUCGAUGAUUUAGAGAGCGAAGAUCCAGCGGUUCAGGACGACUUUUUGGACAGUAAUGUUGUAGCUACUGCGCCCAGACCCGGCACAUCAUUGAAAACAACAAAUAAUGGACUUAAUGCCACAGCACUAGGAGCUAGACCACGUACGGCAACAGGAAGGCCAAUUUCCGGCAUUGUCCGCCCUGGUACCCAAUUAGCCGGACCUGGGACGGCACUGGAACGGCUGCGAACUUCCAGAGGUACUACAAGUCAAUCAGCAAGAUCUAUUAGAUUGGGAACUGCUGCUAUGUUAACGCAAAAAGAUGGGCCAUUUAUUCAAAUUUCCCGACUCAACCUUUCAAAAUAUGCGAAAAAUAAAGCCUUAAACAAACCUUUAUUUGAAUAUCUUUACUAUCAUGAAGGUGAUGACUGGUGGUGGAAAAUUCAAUUAGCAAAAUGUUAUGUAGCCUUGAAUUUGAUAAGAGAUGCUGAACAGCAGAUCAAAAGUGCGAUAAGGCAACAUCCAAAUGUUGAAAGUUUUAUCAGACUUAUCCGAAUUUAUAUUAGAAUUGAUCAGCCACUUACCGCUACCGAGGUAUGCAAACAAGCUCUAGAAGCGUUCCCCAAUGACGUAUCGGUUAUGACAGAACUGGCCCGGCUCACUGAAGCGCUGAACGAGUCCCAGGCCUCGGUGAAAUAUUACAGGAGCAUUGUGAUCGAAGAUGCCAUGAAUACCGAAGCCAUCGCCUGUAUCGGAAUGUAUCAUUUUUAUAACAAUCAACCUGAACUCGCUCUUAGAUAUUACAGACGUGUGUUAGCAAUGGGCGCUCAUUCUGCCGAAUUAUACAACAAUCUGGGACUUUGUUGUUUAUACUCGCAACAGCUGGAUCUAACGUUAGCCUGUUUUCAAAGGGCGUUAGAAUUGGCGACGGAUAAUUUAAUUAAAGCUGAUGUUUGGUACAACUUAUCCCACGUUGCUGUAGCAGCCGGGGACAUAGCCCUCGCCGUCCAGUGCUUGAAUUUAUGUUUGUCCGCGAAUUCCUCGCAUGCCUCGGCCCUUAACAAUUUGGCAGUUUUACAUCACAAGACCGGCAAGUCUCAUCUGGCCAAAGCCUAUUUGGCGUCAGCGAGGGGCCACCAGCCCACGCUGCCCGAACCCAUUGUCAAUUUGGAGAUCUUGCAGCAGGCCUGAAGAAUUUUUUUGUUCGGA